AUGCCGAUGUCGAGGCAGUUCUCGAACGCCGCCCCUUAUUUCCCCUCCUCCCUCCUCCUCUGUUUUCUCCUCUUCCUCCUCAAAGUCCUGCCAAACGCGACCUUACCCGCCGCCGCCGAGCCCAGCCCGGAAGCCGGCGUACUCUUCUCCUGGAUCCACCCUCCUUCACCGUCCUCCUCCCCGCCGCCGGUCUUCUCCGGCUGGAACCCGACCGACCCGGAACCCUGCAAAUGGGCCUUCAUCUCCUGCUCCCCCGACCGCCGCGUCACCCAAAUCGACAUACGCUCCGUCCCCCUGUCCCUACCCUUCCCUCCCAACCUCACGGCCUUCGCCUCCCUCGACACCCUCAUCAUCUCCGGCGCCAACCUCACUGGGAAUAUCCCGCCCGACAUUGGAUACCUUGACUCUCUUAAAAAGAUCGACCUCAGCUACAACAAUCUCGCCGGGAAUAUUCCGGCGACGAUCGGGAAUCUCAAGAACCUCGAGGAACUGAUACUGAACUCGAACCAGCUCACCGGAAAAAUCCCCGGCGAGCUUGGGAGCUGCUCGGGGUUAAGAAACCUCGCCCUGUUCGACAACAGGCUGAGCGGCGCCGUUCCCCGUGAGCUGGGGAGCCUGUCGGGGUUGGAAAUCCUUCGGGCCGGCGGGAACCAGGACAUUGCCGGAGAAAUCCCGGACGAGAUCUCGAACUGUGGGAGCCUGCAGGUUUUGGGCCUGGCCGAGACAAGAAUCUCCGGCACAAUCCCUGCUUCAUUGGGCCGGUUGAAAAGCCUCCAGGUUCUGUCCCUCUAUACCACAAUGUUGUCCGGCGAAAUCCCGCCGGAAAUCGGAAACUGCACGGAGCUCGUGGGCUUGUACCUGUACGAAAACAGCCUCACCGGCCCAAUUCCGAAAGAAACCGGUAAGCUCCUCAAACUGGAAAGAUUGCUGCUAUGGCAGAAUAAUUUUUUGGGCUCUAUACCGGAAGAAAUCGGAAACUGUCGAAACUUGGUCAUUUUCGAUGUCUCCUUGAAUUUCCUGACCGGAGUUAUUCCCGAGUCUUUCGGGAACCUGACGAGCCUGGAGGAGUUCAUGCUGAGCAGCAACAAUGUCUCAGGUUUGAUCCCUGCAGUUCUUUCCAAUGCUACGAGCUUGGUGCAAUUCCAGGUCGACAGCAACCAGAUUUCGGGCUCUAUCCCGCCCGAAUUCGGGUCUUUGGCUAACUUACAGGUUUUCUUCGCAUGGGACAAUAAGCUAGAGGGAAGUAUACCGGCAACAUUGUCCGGUUGCAAAAGCCUUCAGGCCCUGGAUUUGUCGCGAAAUUCAUUAACCGGCAUUUUGCCGCCGAGUAUUUUCGAACUAAGAAAUUUGACGAAGCUUCUGUUGAUAUAUAAUGAUAUAUCGGGCCCGAUCCCACCCGAGAUAGGCAAUUGCAAGUCUCUGUACAGGUUGAGACUUGCCGGGAAUAGAAUAAACGGACAAAUACCGAGAGAAAUCGGGUUGCUCUCGAAUUUAAGCUUUCUCGAUCUUUCUACCAACCAUUUAAGCGGAAUUUUGCCCGACGAAAUCGGACACUGUGGGGAACUGCAGAUGCUAAAUGUAGCCGGAAAUUCGCUAUCUGGGAAUCUGCCUAGCUCUCUGUCCUAUCUUAGUAAAUUGGAAGUGUUGGAUAUUUCUACAAAUAAGCUCGUGGGCCCUAUCCCCAGAAGCUUUGGCGAGCUCUUUUCGCUUAACACCCUCACGCUCGGCGGCAAUUCAUUAUCCGGCGAAAUCCCAUCGAGCCUCGGUCGGUGCUCGAGGCUUCAGAUGCUCGAUUUAAGCAAGAACCAGCUUUUCGGUAGCAUUCCCCCUCAAAUCUUCGAAAUCGAGGCCCUCGAGAUCGCGUUGAACUUGAGCUGGAACUCGCUGACCGGAAAAAUCCCGCCUCAGGUGGUUGCCCUGGACAAGCUAUCCGUGUUGGACCUCUCGCACAACAGCCUUGAGGGGGACCUGAUGUCCCUCUCCAGGCUCGUGAAUUUGGUCUCGCUUAAUGUUUCGUACAAUAAUUUCACGGGUUACCUUCCCGACAACAAGCUGUUCCGGCAGCUUUCAGAUGAGGAGCUCACUGGAAACCGGGGAUUGUGUUCCGGCGGGCACGAGUCGUGCUUCUUGAGUAAUGCUGAAUAUGUGGGGAAGGAUCACGACAGACGCGUCAAAUGGCCGUGGAGGCUAAAAUUGGCAAUUGCGUCGCUAGUUGUCGUGACUAUUGCUCUUGGGGUUCUCGGGAUUGUGGCGGUUGUUCGGGUUAGAAGAAUAGGUCGCGAAGGCAAAGAUUCUGAGUUGGGCAACGCAGACUCGUUUUCUUGGAAAUUCACUCCGUUCCAGACGAAGCUCAAUUUCUCGGUCGAGCAAGUGCUCAAAUGUCUCGUGGAAGGCAACGCGAUCGGUAAAGGGUGCUCGGGAGUAGUCUAUCGCGCGGAGCUCGAAAACGGCGACGUGAUCGCCGUGAAAAAGCUCUGGUCGACAACGAUGCAUGCCGGUAAUUAUAAUGACAGUGCAAGUGCGGUCCGCGACUCAUUCUCGACAGAGGUGAAGACGCUCGGGUCCAUCCGGCACAAGAAUAUCGUCAAGUUUCUGGGCUGCUGCUCGAACCGGAACACGAGGCUGCUUAUGUACGAUUACAUGCCGAACGGAAGCCUCGGGAGCUUGCUUCACGAGCACGGCAGGGGCUGCCUGGAGUGGGACGUGAGGUAUCGGGUGAUUUUGGGGUCGGCUCAGGGUUUGGCUUAUCUGCACCACGACUGUGUUCCCCCGAUCGUGCACCGGGACAUCAAGGCCAACAACAUACUGAUCGGGCCUGAUUUCGAGCCCUACAUUGCCGAUUUCGGGAUUGCCAAGCUUGUCAACGGUGGGGAUUUCGCACGCUCGUCGAACGCCGUGGCCGGUUCGUACGGUUACAUUGCCCCUGAGUAUGGGUACAGUAUGAAGAUCACUGAAAAGAGCGACGUGUACAGCUAUGGGGUGGUCGUUCUCGAGGUCUUGACGGGAAAGCAGCCGAUAGACCCGACGAUCCCGGACGGGGCCCACAUUGUGGAUUGGGUUCGGCAGCGGAGGAGGCAAGGGGAGGAGGUAUUGGACCCGAGCAUGAUGCGGAGGCCCGAGCCCGAGAUACAGGAAAUGAUGCAGACAUUGGGUGUGGCCAUGCUGUGCGUGAACCCGAUGCCUGAGGACCGGCCCACGAUGAAGGAUAUAGCUGCCAUGCUCAAGGAGAUAAGGCACGAGAGGGAGGAGGUACCGAAAGUCGACGUGCACGUGAAAGGGCCGAAAGUUGGUGCAGACGAGAGCAAGAGCUGCGGGUCCUCGAAAAUGGAAGGGUUGUACUCGAGCAGUAACAAGUCGAGCUUUGCGGGUUCUUCUUUGCUGCUGCAGUCGGCUUCAUCUGUGGCUAAGUCUGGUUCCAAUAAGUAG